GCUGUGCACUUGUAUAAGCAUACGAUCGCUUGUGUACUGCCUUACUUACUUGUUUGUUGUGAAAGUAAAGAUAAACAUUUUUGAUAUAUAUCGUCAAUCGAGCAGAAAACCCGUUCGACACUUUUGUUCUGACGAAGUGCUUCAUUGUUGCAGCUGUUUUGCCAGUAAAGUGUGUGCCAUAAGUGCCUCGAAAAUUUUACGUUAAAUUUUUUAACCUCAAAAUGUCGGAAAUUGAAGCAACAAACAAAAUUGAGGAUCAAAGUGAAGUGCUGGACAAAAGUCUCAUUGAAAGUUCCGCGGACAAAGUAGCUGAAGACAAGUUCACUGUGAAUUCACCAACUUCCAAAAUGUCUACACCGGCUAGAUCUCGUUCAGCGACUCCUGAGGAUGCUGCAUCUGACCACCCCAAGUCGAGGUCAGUAAGCCCUUCGAAGCGAUCAUCUCGUUCUCGCUCCAAGUCGAAGUCGGUAAGCCCAUCUGGACGUGCAUCUCGCUCUCGUUCAAAAUCAAGAUCAAGAUCAAAAUCAUCUGCUAGAUCUGGUUCACGGUCAAAAUCUAGAUCAGUCAGUCCAUCAAAACGAUCAUCUCGCUCUCGCUCAAAGUCAAGAUCCAGAUCAAAGUCAUCUGUUAGAUCUGCUUCACGAUCAAAAUCAAGGUCAGCAAGUCCUGCUGGACGUACAUCUCGUUCUCGUUCGAAGUCAAGAUCAAGAUCAAAGUCAUCUGCCAAAUCUGUUUCACGGUCAAAGUCGAGGUCAGUGAGCCCAUCUCAACGUGUGUCUCGUUCUCGCUCAAAAUCGAGAUCUCGUUCAAAAUCAUCCGCUAGAUCUGCUUCACGCUCCAAGUCUAGAUCAGUCAGUCCAUCAAAACGAUCAUCUCGUUCUCGCUCAAAGUCGAGGUCCCGAUCAAGGUCGUCCGCUAGAUCUGCUUCACGUUCAAAGUCGAGGUCGGUAAGCCCAUCGAAGCGAUCAUCUCGAUCUCGCUCAAAGUCGAGGUCUCGAUCAAGAUCAUCCGCCAGAUCAGGUUCACGCUCAAAGUCAAGGUCAGUAAGCCCAUCUAGACGGGCAUCACGUUCUCGCUCAAAGUCGAGAUCCCGAUCAAAGUCAUCUGUUAGAUCUGCUUCACGUUCAAAAUCUAGGUCAAGAUCAAAAUCCAGAUCCCGAUCAAAAUCCAGAUCACGAUCAAGAUCAUCCGCUAGGUCUCGGUCACACUCCAGUUCAAAAUCGUCCAUUGUUGGACGCCCAUCAAAGCGAAAAGCUCAACGUUUAUCUCGAUCUCGUUCGAGGUCAAGAUCAAGUUCACGAUCAAGUGCGAGAUCAUCCCCAGGAAGACGUUCCACGAAACGGAAAGUUCUUUCGCCGUCGAGAUCUCGUUCUAGGUCCAGAUCAAGGUCCAGUGCUCGGUCUGCCUCAGUUGCAAGCUCCAAGUCUUCUCUUAAAGAUUCAUCACCUAAACGUCGGUCUCGAUCAAGGUCUGGAUCUCGUGCUCGAUCAGCAAGUAACUCUAGCUCAGCGUCAUUGAAAAAGCGAAAAAUUGAAGAUUUGGCCGAUGAAGAUAAUGAAGCUGGUCCUUCUGACAAGCAACCACAUGAGGCAGCUGCCGCUCAAGGUAGCGACUCUGAAGAUGAAAUCCAACAAAGAUCUGCAGGAUAUGAUGAUAACAUGAGCGACUUUGAUCGUAUGCUUCAACAAAAGAAAGAAUUGAAAAGGCGUAGAAAGCGUAAAGACAUUGAUAUCAUCAAUGACAAUGAUGAUAUUAUAGCACAGUUAUUAGCUGAUAUGAGGAAUGCUUAUAUGGAAGACAGAAAGCUCAAUGAGCUGGGUAAGCCAGCCACAUACAAAAUUGCCAUGUUGUCAAAAGUCAUGUCGCAGUUAAAAAAACAAGAUUUACAAUUGGCAUUUUUAGAACAUAAUGUUUUGUCAGUGCUCACAGAUUGGUUAGCACCUAUGCCUGAUAAAUCAUUGACAUCUUUAAGAAUAAGAGACUCAAUUUUGAAAUUACUGCAUGAGUUUCCAAGAAUUGACCAAUCUUCACUGAAACAGUCUGGAAUUGGUAAAGCAGUUAUGUAUUUGUAUAAGCAUCCUAAGGAAACAAAGGAGAAUAAAACUAGAGCUGGAAAAUUGAUCAACGAAUGGGCAAGACCAAUUUUCAAUUUGUCUACUGAUUUCAAAGCUAUGACCAAAGAAGAAAGGAUGCACAGAGAUAUGGAGCAAAUUCCAACUAAAAAGCGCAAGACCAAGGAUGAUUCAACAUCAUUCAGAUCAAAAGACAUAAACAGAGCUCUGAAAGAAGAAUCAAAGCCAUUGAGGCCAGGUGAUCCUGGAUGGGUUUCACGAGCUCGAGUGCCUAUGCCUUCAUCUAAAGACUAUGUUGUCAGACCAGAGUGGAAAUCAGAUAUCGAUAUUAGUAGAACUGUUAAACCACCACCCAAUCGUUUUGAAAAACAUAUGAAAAAUUUUAUUGAAAACAGAAGAAUGAGAUCCUCCAGGAGAGCUGUUGAGAUAUCUAUUGAAGGACGCAAAAUGGCUCUGUAAGAUUGUCAAAAAAAUAAUGGUAGAAAGAUGUAUUCAAAAAUAAUAUCAUAGAUAGA